UGCUGCGGCCGCCUCGCCUGGCUCGGGCGCGUCUAUGAGAAGCCCAGCGACGGAUGCCGCCGUUCCUGCUGCUCCCCUUCUCCGCUUCGGCAGCUGGGAAAUGAUCGCAAGAAGCUGAGGAAGAAAUAAGAAGCGGCUGAAAGAGACCCCCAUCCCGGCGAAAGAAAGGGGAGGGGGGAGGCCGGCCCCAGACCUCGCACGACCUUUGCAGCCGGGACUGGCCGGAAGGUUCUCCGUCCCGUUCCUCUCCUUCCCCUGCGCCUCCUUCCUGCUUCCCCGUCUCCUGUUGCCUCCCGUCCCGGGGGGUUUUGGAGCCGCCGCCGCCGCCGCGUCCCCAAAUCUCUCCCUCUGACUCCCUUCGCAGAAAUAGCGGCGGCGCCAGCGGGCGGCUCCGAUCCUUCGAAACCUAUCAGAAGGAUUCAAAGCGCAGAUAUCGUUACUCUUCUUGUUCUUGUUAUUAGCAGUAUUAUUUGCUCCAAAGCCAGACAUAGAUAGACAGACAGAUAGACACGCACGCACACAGACACGCACUCACACGCAUACGCGCACACACACACAGACACACACACAGAGGGAGCCUAGGAAAACGAAAGGCGGCAAAGCGCCGGGGCGCACUUUCCCUCGGUCGGGACCAUGGCCUCUUGCUUGUCGCCGGCUGCCCGGACGCCGCGGUGACUCGUCUAUGCCCGCUUCCCACGACCGGCCAGCCCCGCUCUCGCCUCUUUCCCCGACGGUCCUGCCGCGCUUCCUCCUGGGCGGCUCCUCCUGCCAAGCGGAGGGAGUCGGGACUGGGCUCCGGCGGCGGCGAAGCUCGGGAGCGGGAGAGAACGAAGGGGGAGCGGCGCCGGCGGACCGCGUUGGAUGAAUUUCCCCAUGAGAGAGCCCGUGAUCCCUGGGACGAGCAUGGCUUACCACCCCUUCCUACCUCACCGGGCGCCGGACUUCACCAUGAGCGCCGUCCUGGGUCACCAGGCUCACUUCUUCCCGGCCCUGGCCUUGCCGCCCAACGGGGCUGCUGCGCUCUCGCUGCCCGGAGCCUUGGCCAAGCCGAUCAUGGAUCAACUGGUGGGGGCGGCGGAUUCCGGCCUCCCCUUUUCCUCUUUGGGACACCAAGCUGCGGCCCAUUUGCGGCCUUUGAAAACGCUGGAGCCGGAAGAAGAGGUGGAGGACGACCCCAAAGUCCAUCUGGAAGCUAAGGAACUCUGGGAGCAGUUUCAUAAACGGGGGACGGAGAUGGUGAUCACCAAGUCGGGAAGGAGAAUGUUUCCACCUUUUAAAGUGAGAUGUACGGGUCUGGAUAAAAAGGCUAAAUACAUUUUAUUGAUGGACAUUGUGGCGGCGGAUGAUUGUAGAUAUAAAUUUCAUAAUUCGCGAUGGAUGGUGGCUGGCAAAGCUGACCCUGAAAUGCCCAAAAGAAUGUAUAUCCAUCCGGAUAGCCCGGCCACAGGCGAACAGUGGAUGUCCAAAGUCGUCACUUUCCACAAACUGAAACUGACUAAUAAUAUAUCGGACAAACAUGGAUUUACCAUCUUAAACUCUAUGCACAAAUAUCAACCUCGGUUCCACAUAGUCCGAGCCAACGAUAUCCUGAAACUGCCCUACAGCACAUUCCGCACUUACGUUUUCCCGGAAACAGAAUUUAUUGCCGUAACAGCCUAUCAGAACGAUAAGAUCACCCAGUUAAAAAUCGACAACAACCCUUUUGCCAAAGGCUUCCGAGACACAGGAAAUGGGAGACGAGAGAAAAGAAAACAACUGACUCUUCAGUCAAUGAGAGUUUAUGAUGAGAGGCAGAAAAAAGAGACUUCAGAUGAGUCUUCGAGUGAACAAACAGCUUUUAAAUGUUUUGCUCAAUCAACAUCUCCUGCUGUGUCUGCAGUGGGUACCUCUAACCUUAAAGAUUUGUGCCCCAGCGAUGGAGAAAGUGACUCUGAAAGCAAAGAGGACCCCAUGGAAGCCAAUGAAGUUGGGAAGAUCUCUACCACCACUGCCAACAUUGCCCCCAACAGCAGCUCCUCCUUCGGAGGAGGAGGGGAUGGGGCAGACCCUCGGGAAGGGGAAAAGAACAGCCCUUCCAAGGCACCCCUUUUUCCACCAGACUCCGCCAGCAGCCAGAGCAGCCGGGAGAGCGUCUCUAAAGUGCCUCCAGACUCCCAGCAUAGCCCAGCCACCAUCUCUUCUAGCACCCGGAAUUUGGGCGGUGGAGAGGAGCUUAAGAGCCCACCACGGGAGGAGUGCCGGGGCCUGAACAAAGAGCCCUUCACACCCCUAACUGUUCAGACAGACAGUCCUGGGCACCUGGCCCAAAGCCACUUGUCCAACCUAAGUUUUCCCCAUGGCCUGGCCAGCCAACCAUUCUUCAACCCGCUGAGCAACGGGCACCCCUUUCUUCUCCAUCCUGGCCAGUUCACCAUGGGUGGUGCUUUCUCAGGCAUGGCUGGCAUGGGACCUCUGCUGGCCACAGUCUCCGGGGCGUCAGCGGGAGUUACUGGUCUAGACAACACCGCGAUGGCAACAGCAGCUGCCCAGGGAUUAACUGGCGCUUCGGCGGCAGCUGCAGCAGCAGCAUUGCCCUUCCAUCUUCAGCAGCACGUCCUGGCUUCACAGAGCCUGGCUAUGUCCCCCUUCGGAAGCCUCUUUCCGUACCCGUACACUUACAUGGCGGCCGCCGCCGCAGCCUCGACGACCGCCCCCAGCCCCAUGCACCGGCACCCCUUCCUCAGCACCGUGCGCCCUCGCCUGCGCUACAGCCCGUAUUCCCUCUCCGUGCCCCUCCCGGACAGCAGCGGCAGCCUGCUCGCCACCGCCCUGCCCUCGAUGCUCGGCGGGGUGGAGGGCAAAGCCGCGGCCCUGGCCCCCAGCCCGGGCUCGGGGCCCUUGGACUCCUCCGGCUCCGAAGUGAACAGCCGCUCUUCCACCCUGUCCUCCGCGUCGGACAAGGAGGCCACCAGCGAGCUGCAAAACAUCCAGCGCUUAGUGAGUGGACUGGAGUCGAAGCAAGACAGAGCCAGGAGCGGGUCGCCCUAGAAGCGGGGGGAGCGCCCUCUCCCUCCCCCUACGUGACGGGAUGGGCGCCUCCAGCCCCCCCCCCCCCCCCCC